AUGAUAUCCACAAUUCAUAACCCUGAUGCUUCUCUGAUCGCACAGCUAGUUUCUCCACCAAAUAUAUCCCUACAAAUACUCGGCACACACUCGGCGGGCGAACAGACCCAAGUCGUCGAUUUCGAUCUUUGGAUUGAUUGUUCAAAGCAAGCGAAAAUCAAAUCCGGAGAAUUCUUAACAGGCAACGAAGACGACCAUCGCUCUUGGGAGCAGUCCGAUGAUUCCAAUGACAGUUUCUCGACAACAUCAUCUGGCUGGCUUCAAGGUUGGCUUGGUGACAGCAGCAACGGAACGAGGUACAGUCUGCAAAGCUGUCUCUCUUUACAUGAUGACGAUUCCGUUGCUGUAAAAGCUCAUGCAGAGAGCCUCGCACGCAAUGUCGCGUACGGCGGAUCCAUCAUUGUUGAAAUUCACACACCACCUCUCGAGGCGGAUGUCGCUGGAAAUACUGCGGAGAUUCGAGCGGAAUGGAGCUUUGGCUCUCCUUUCGUUCCUGUGGAACAGUCAUGGGACCACCUGGUGAUGAAUGCAAUGGUUGACUGUAGAAGGGGGUUUAUCUCUGUUGAUGAGCCACGGCCAUCCCAUGGAAGAUCACCGCUUCGCAGGGCCAUGAAAUCUAAUAACACUUCUACGGUCGUUUCACAGGUUCAGAAUGAGGGGAUCGGGCAUACGAGUACUACGAUACUCGCAAUGGGGAUCUGA